UGCGACGUUACCUAGGAGUCCAGCGGCUCCAGGGCCAGCAGCGAUUGGAAUUUCAAAUGCCUUGGGAAGAGGAAUUAGAAGUUUUAAAGCAGGAUAAAGCUGCCAGAGUCAUUCAGCAGGCCUGGAAAAGUUUCCUUAAUGUUGCUAUAUUUCAACACUUUAAAAGUCUGAUUGAUUUAAGAAGACAAGGAGAACCACGUCAGAUUGUGAAAUAUAUUAAUCCCAAAGAGGCAGAGCUUCUAGAUGCUGCUGCUGGCAUUCAUGUGCGAUUCAGAUUAGGUGGAGUUAAAUUUCCACCUGAUAUAUACUAUAAGAUUUUUACUCACAGACCUAUUGAAGAUCUGUGUGCUAACAGCCCUAGAAAUUAUGCAAAACUUCCAGCAAAGCAUACAUCUCAUAAUAAAAAUGAUCAUCUUCAGGAAGAGGAUCAUAGUGGCUGGUAUCAUCGUAUAGAAAACAAUGGCUGGAGGCCAGUUUCUGAUACAUUUUGGCUAUCUACUGACAGUAUAGUGGUAGAAGACAAAAAGGAAAGUGAAUUCCAUUUCUCUAAACUGAAGAGAAGGCAAGACUUGGAAAAGAAAAGAAAACUUAGAAAAAUAGAGUGGAUGAGGCAAAUGUACUACUCAGGAAGUCUGGAGGCUAAGUCAACACAUCGGGAAACUCUAGGACUAAUUCACACUGCAACAAAGGGGCUGAUAAGAGCUUUUGAAGAUGGUGGGAUAGAUUCUGUGAUGGAAUGGGAAGUGGAUGAAGUGCUGAACUGGACAAACACACUGAACUUUGAUGAGAGGCAGGCUGAAAGCAAUAGCGUAGAAGAGAAGAUGAAAAGUUUAAGCAGAAUGGAGAAGCCGAAAUUGUCAUUGAGAAGGAAUGAGUUGACCAAAGAAAUUCGGUAAGCAUCCCAGACAGUAACAUGAGCCAAUUUAAGAAUGGAUAUCAAGAAAUGUAUAGAAGAGGCAAUCUGCUUCUUCUGUGACAUACAAUAAACGAGCAAAUAAAUAUAUAAUUAUAAACCCUAAGUGCUAUAAAGGAAAUGAACAGGGUGCUAUGGCAGAAAAUGCAUGGUAUAAACUCUGAGACAAGUGGUUUUACUUUCGUCUUUCAGGUAAGGGAACUCAACUAGUGGCAGAGUCAGUAUUAGAAUUCAAGUCUGUCUACUCCAAGGCUUAAGCUUCGGACCAUAAAUUUAUAUAUAUGGUGCUUAAUCCAAUAAGUAAAUUCAGUUUAAAAAUCACACGGCAUCUGUACAGUGUCUAUAACAACCCAAAGUAUGAGAUAAAUAUUGUCAUAAAUAAUAGAACCUCUAAUAUUUACCUGUAAACUUAUUCCAGUUUCUUCUUUACUUUUUUCACUCAAGCUAGAAAUAGUUGUACUUUGGCUUCCUUCUUCAAAUGCAAGACUUCUGUUUGUCACAAGAACACCUCUUUUAAUGAGAACAUACUAUUUGGAAGCUCCUGAAUACAUACACUAUAGACUUUGACAGAAAAAAACUAAUGAAGGUUGCAAACAAAACAGAAUAAAUCACUUAUACUUUAAAACUUAAUACCAUUUAUACCUAGGAUGGAAAAGGAAUUUGUGAAUGAAAAUUAUAUUUUAAGAAUAAUCUUCUACAUAUAGAAAGCCCAUAUGCAAAAAUAUGAUUAUUUAUAAAGAGACAGGAUUGUUUAAAAAUAGAGCAGAUGCCCUCCAGUUCAGGUACUAUAUACUCUGUCAGUGGUUUUACCUGAAAUUCAACUCAACCAAUAAUUACAGGCACACAAAUAAAGACCACAAUAAGAAUUUAAUACCUAAUAGAUAUAAAUUAAGACAUCUGAUAUCAACUAUUGAAAAGGAAGUAGAUCAGCAGGAUCCACUUAAACCAAGAUUAUAAAACUAGAAAGUGACAGUCAGGAUGAGAACUCAGAUUUGUCUACU